AUGUUCACAGCUGACGACCUCUUUCCACUUGUCAUCAGGCUCAUCAGGGAAACGAAGGACACAUCGUCCGAAAUCGACGAGGAGCGCACGUCUAGAACCGUUGUUGGGAAACGAGGAUAUUGUCGCAUUUGGGCAUAUGUAACGCCACAUGAUCCGAUUACGCAGAACCAGGAACAGAAUGAAGAUCCGGAGUGUUUUUCAAGCGUCUCGCUUAGAAUGUGCUCCAUGAGAAGCACUCCGGGAGAUAUGGGCGCGACCUUUACCGUGGCCAGGAACGACCCGACCCGAAGCGUAGAGCAGGGGGAUGCCGGAACCCUGAAGGGUGGCAAGGCGUCUGUACCCCUCAACUUCGUCUCUGAACGACUCUUCAUACUCGCGCAGUACGGUGGCCGGCGGCAGCUUUCUCAUUGGGACCGUCGGACAUCGGGGUCUUUGGAAUGGCUCUGUCCGCCAGUAGUCGAAACGAGGAUCAUGGAGUUUCGCUAUGACAUAAUGAGGAAGGCCGGCGGGGGCGUCCUCGAUGUCAACAAGGGUAAAGGCCUUGCGGAUGAGAGCGGUGAAGAUGAACGAGGGUUUAUCGUCAUUGGAGGCGACCUCCUAGUGCGUAAGGCUUCUUACAAGUUGAAGCAAGUCACCAUAAUCGACGGAAAUGCUAAGGGUUCUAUGACGGCGGGAAGUGGACAGCACAGCAUGACAUCAGACAAUUCGAGUGACUACGAACGCUUACAUGACGUCAACUCGUCUCGUGCUUUUCGUUUAGACUAUCUGGAAAAAAAUCUCGCCCAAGUGUAUAUAUGGCUGACAGUACUAGUGUUGAUCGGCGUGCCGACAUGGACGCUUUGCAAGACUUACGAGCAGCUGAAAAAGGGCGGUAAAGGACCCUUCCCAAUCGCUCGCAAGCACUUCUACCUACCACCCUUUUUCAGCAUCACGCUGGACCCGCUUCCAAGCAGUACCAGACUCGGAGAGUCAAAGGAGCCAGGAAGUGCGGAGCUCUUAGCAACUCUCCGUCCAUCAUGCGGUGUUGGUCGUAAUAUCCUAUUAUCCACUGCCGUCACGGAAACUGCUGACAUGUUAAAACGCAGAGAAGGCUGGCUUGACAUACUCUGGCCUACGUAUUCUCUUCUUUUCGAACUAUGGUCAAGUUUCCAAAGGUACAACUAG